CAAAAUUGAUAAAAAAUAACUAUAGUUUUUCCUAUAUGAUCAUAGUCAAGUGUAUAUUAUCAAAGACAAAUAUUUCAUAACAAUUAUUCGUGAAUACUAGAAUUUACGUAUUAAUAGUCUAAUAUUGCAAAAUUAAAGAUUGCCAAGAAUCUGUAUCCGAAUGUUCCACGAGACGCGCAUGCGUGGCUGUUUUGUCUAUAACGUCAAAUGUCAAUAAUGUAAUGUGACAAUGUCAGUUGUCUUUUUAAUAUGUUUUGAUGUGCAUUGAAAACUGUUGAAAACACGAGGAAAACUGUUUUUAAAAUUAAAGUUGUUAUUGCACACUUCAGGCCGUAAUUUUUGUUAUUUUAUAAAAAAAUCCGUACUUCGCGCAAGUUAUGUAAAGUGGUUAAAUAUAAGGAGAUAGAGAAUAAAAGUUAUUUAAUAUUAAACAGUGCUUCUUGAAAAAAAUGCUUCAAAACCUGUCACAACAGGUCUCGUAUCAGAUGUUUUGAGUAUUCAACAUAUAUUUUUAAGUGUGUCAUUGCCUCAUUGGCAUUAUUUACUUAACAUAAAUAUGUACGAAGAUUCCAUUUAAUAUCAUAAUCGCAAUGUCCGAUUCAACACCGUUUUACGUAGAUCGAGCCAAAGGUGGUAGGGCAGCAUGUAAAUUAUGUAAAGGCAACUGUCCUAGUGGUGAACUACGUAUGGCCAAACUUGUACCGAGCCCGUAUGGCGAUAAUCAAUCUAUGAAAUCUUGGUAUCAUGUUCAUUGUUUUACUGACGUAUUGUUAAAGCAACGCCCUAAUACUAAACGAGUUGAAUCCAUAAACGACAUUGGUAACUGGGACAAUAUUAGUAAGGAAGAUCAAGAAUUAAUACUAAAAAAAUUAAACGAAACUGAAAAAUUAUAUGCUGAAAAACACAGUGGGAAAUACACAGCGAAAUUAAUUGAAAACAAAUCUUUAGGCUCCAUAAAGAAAAAUAGUGUUAAAAGUGAGCCAGACACUACUGAUAGUGGUAACAUUGUAGAAGAUAAUAAAUUUAGUACUUUUAUUGAAUUGUGUAAAAGAAUUGCAAAAGUCGAUGCAUAUACUGAAAAGACUGCUGCUGUUAAUUCGUUUUUUACGAAAGGAAUAGAGAAAGAUAAUUUUAAAGGGGAUCUUGGUUUGUGGUGUAAGCUACUCUUACCUCAAGUAACCAAAAGAGUUUAUAAUUUAAAGAGCAAACAAUUAGUUAAGCUCUUCUCGAAAAUAUUCAAUAUUGAUCACGAUGAUAUGUUAACGGAUCUAGAACAGGGAGAUGUGGCAAAUACGAUACAGAGAUUUUUCUCAACAUCAAAGGUAGUGCAACCUGCCUCCUUAAGUUCUCUUACGAUCCACAACGUAGAAGAUUUCCUAGAAAACUUAUCUACAUUAACAAAAGAAGAAGAACAAAUUUAUCACUUCAAAAAAAUUGUGAAAAAAUGUACAUUAGAUGACAUGAAAAUGUUGAUAAGGUUAAUAAAAGGAGAUCUAAGAAUUAAUGCUGGACCAAAACAUAUCUUGGAAGGAGUACAUCCCGAUGCAUAUAAUGUUUUUCAAACUUCAAGAGACCUUAAUAUGGUUCUUGAUCGGGUUUUGUCAAAGAAUAAUAGUUCUAAUGACAAGGGUGUGAGCCACAAAGCUGUUUCAGCAAAACUGACAUUAAUGACUCCAGUUUUACCUAUGUUAGCUGAAGCAUGCAAAUCAAUUGAAAUGGCGAUGAAAAAAUGUCCUAACGGUAUGUACUCUGAAAUUAAAUAUGAUGGGGAGAGAGUUCAGAUACAUAAAAAAGGUACAGAAUUUAAAUACUUUUCUAGAGCAUUAAAACCUGUGAUGGCACACAAAGUAAGCUUAUUUAAGGAACAUUUGCCUAAAGCUUUUCCUAAAGGAGAAGAUAUGAUAUUAGAUGCUGAAGUUUUGAUGGUGGAUGUGUGUACUGGGAAGCCCUUACCAUUUGGUACAUUGGGCGUACACAAACAAUCUGAAUUCAAAGAUGCGGAAGUAUGUUUGUUUAUAUUUGAUUGUCUCUAUUAUAAUGGAGAAGUAUUGAUGAAUGAACCAAUUUGGAAAAGGAAGAAGUUUCUUGAGGAAAAUAUGAUUGAAGUAAAAAAUCAUGUCAUGUUAUCUGAAUUACAGUUUAUUGAGAAGCCAUCAGAUUUAGCUAAGAUGAUUGCUGAGGUUCUACAACUGGGUCUGGAAGGACUGGUACUAAAAGACCGUGAAUCUAUAUAUGAGCCGGGAAAACGUCAUUGGUUGAAAGUGAAGAAAGAUUAUCUCUUUGAUGGAGCAAUGGCUGACACUGCAGAUCUUGUUGUACUUGGAGCUUGGUUUGGUACAGGUAAGAAAGGCGGAAUGAUGUCAGUAUUCUUGAUGGGCUGUUUGGAUAACUACAGAAAUAAGUGGGUAACUGUAACCAAAGUGCAUACGGGACAUGAUGAUAGCACACUCGAGAGAAUUCAAAAGGAGUUAGGGCCUUUAAUGCUGAAGAUUUCUCAGGACAGUAAUAAAGUCCCGUCAUGGUUAGACUGUAAAAAGGGUAUGGUGCCGGAUUUCGUCGCUUUAGAUCCUAAGAAGCAACCAGUUUGGGAAAUUACAGGUACCGAGUUAACAAAAGCAAACCAACACACAGCCGAUGGGAUAUCAGUGAGAUUCCCAAGAGUCACAAGGAUUCGAACAGACAAAGACUGGCAGUCCGCCACGAACUUGGAUGAACUGAAACAUUUAUAUAAAACUUCGAAAGAAACCAGUGACGUCUCAUUAUUAAACAAAUUGGCUGCUUCAGCUUCUGGUAUUGAAACAACGAACAAAAAAACGAAGGCUAGUCCGAAGAAACAAAAUAAAUUGGACAAUUUCUUCAGUAAAGAACCAAAACAGAGUCCUUCAAAGAAAUCUCCAGAUAGUCCCCUAGUAAAGUUAGAAACAAAAGCGUCGAACAAAAAUAAACUGAAUGGUUCUAAUUCGGAUUUGAGUUACGAUGAGACUGAUUCUAAAAGGGAAAUCAAAAGAAGGAAAAGACAUUUAAAUAUUUCGGAAGGAACCCUCUCUUCAUCUUAUGAGGAAACGAAUAAGAAUAAGAAAAAGAACACCGAAGGAACAAAGAAGUCGGAGGAGACUGAAACGGAUGUCAAAAGAGAAAUGAAAAGAAAGAAAAGAGAUGUAGACAGUUCUCAAGAAACUAUUGCAGAGUUAAAUGAGACGCCUGCGAAAGUAAAGAGAAAAGACAAAACAGUUAGUGAAAAUAAAUUAUACCCCGAGAACCCUUUGCCGGACGCGUUCAAAGAUAAAAUAUUAAGUUUAUAUCCCGACUUAAUAUCUUUUUCGGAGGACGAAAGAAAACAUUUUGUUAGGCAUUGGAUUGCGUACGGAGGUGUUCUUGUGAAAUCGAUGCGAUCUGCGAACGUUGAUUUUGUCGUACAUAAUAACAAUUGUAUUACGUACAAGGAAAUGCAAAGGUUAAAAGAAGAAUUGCGUCAAGGCGUAAGGCAUGUUACGAAAAAUUGGUUAAUUAGGUGUAUAAAUGAGGUUGCACUAUGUGAUACUACUAAAUAUGCGGUAACGGUUAUACCUCAGAAAUGAUAUUAAGUGAUCUUUCAGAAUGUAUUAUUUUUUAUCAAAUUUCAUUGAUUGUUUUUAUAAUUGUGUGUUGUGCCUUUAACAAUGAUCUGUUAAUUUUAUAUUUGGAAAUAAAUUAUAUUCAUAGUGCUCGCUUCGUUCAUCGUUGUUUUUUAUCGUAGUCAUUUUUAUUACGAGCUUACGGCCCAAAGUUAAAAGGUCUCUGUCGCACGUAGACUUCAGGAGUGUCACAGCGAAGCCAUUAUUAGUCCGGUCAUCGUUCUCGUCGAACCCGUCGCUUGCGACGAAGGGCUCGGCGAGUAAAUU